GCUACUUCCUGUGUGCGGGGCAAGUCUUUGGAGGAGCCUAAUGUUGUUGUCAUCGGAGAGUAUGCGCCAAGACAACAGUGACUCUUCCCCAUGCAUAUACCGUAUACAGAGAGGGGAGCUGCAUUUUUGUGAGAAUCAAAGUACUUCCAGGUAUUAUUUGAUCUGCACCAACUCAUUUGUUAUAAAGAUGUAAGGUGAAGAAGACACAGACCAGGAAUGACUGCUGAUGUGGGAGUAAAAAGUCGGACAAUGAGCUGAAGGCCGUAAGCUUCAACAGAGUAUACAACAUCAGAAUCCAACACUCUAUCAACCGGGCUCAAUAACAACAGUAAUAUACCUACCAUGAUGCAUACUGGCUGUGAUUUCCACCAAAGUCAUAAUGACAAGGAUGACUCAUGCCACACUUCCACAUUGCCCCCUGGCUGGAUCAGAGAGGUUAGGCAGCGUAAAGCAGGCAAGACAGCCGGCAAAAUGGACAUCUACAUUACAAGUCCCCAAGGGCAGAGGUUUCGGUCGAGAGCAUCCCUGCAUGCUUUCCUCAUAAAAAAUGGAGAAGGGAACCUAGAAAUAGACCUCUUUGAUUUCACUGCACCCAAGGACGAUGCUCUCACCCCUUCGCAAUUACUCCCCUCUCAAGUGAAACAGAAGAGAAGAAAGAAAAGAAAUGCAGGUGCACCGCAGGAGACAAAAGAAGAUGCAACAGAAAUACUGGAUCCACCUCCUAAUAAAUCUAAAAAAGCCUCUUCCUCCCUCAGAAGUAAAACUAAAGACAGAAAAGUCAAAAGUGCAUGUGUGAAGAGCUUCAUAAAAGCACCUUUAACCAAAGAGGAUGAUGUCAAAGUGAAUGUUGAACCUGCCACUGAGAGUGAGAAUGAGGGUGAGGAUGAACGAGGCAGAGAUGAGCUGCAGAUUCACAGCAAAGGUGCCAACAAAUCUAAUUCUGAUCUGGAGGCAAAUGCUGAGGAUGAGGAAGAGGAGGUGUUGUUACCUGACACCACUGGUGGGAGCUGCACACCAGUGAAAGAUUCCCAGAAUAGGUCCAAGGAAGACAAACGCAAAACAAGCCCUUAUUUUAAAAGGAAACACCCCAGUGAUGACCUUAGCCCCCCCAGGAGGAAGGCCUUCAAGAAGUGGACACCGCCCCGCUCACCCUACAACCUCAUACAGGAAACACUUUUCCACGACACCUGGAAGCUUUUGGUGGCCACCAUUUUUCUGAAUAAGACCAGUGGCAAGAUGGCCAUACCAGUGCUGUGGCAGUUCUUUGAACGUUGCCCGUCUGCAGAGGUGACCCGGGAGGCCGACUGGAAGCCCCUGUCUGAACUAAUGAAGCCACUAGGCCUGUAUGAGCUCAGAGCAAAAACACUUGUACGCUUCUCAGAUGAGUAUCUAACUAAACAGUGGCGUUACCCCAUUGAGUUGUACGGUAUUGGGAAGUACGGAAACGACUCCUAUAGGAUCUUCUGUGUGGACGAGUGGAGAGUGGUGAAACCUGAAGAUCACAUGCUGAACAAAUACCACGACUGGCUAUGGGAGAACCAUGAAAUACUUGGAAUCUGAAAUCCAAAAUAUGAAGAACUGCAAAGAAGAUUUGCUGUGGAAACAAGCAUGAAAAUCAGUUACAUCACAUAAACCAUUUCAAGAUUAGUAUUAUGAUGAACUUGCAUUGAUUUGUUAUACCUGAAUGUCUCUAUAAGUAUGCACUGAAAUGUCUCCGUACUUUUAAAAAGUUUUACUUAACGUGUAAUAAAAUGUUUUAAGUAGUUUAAAAGUUGAAAUGAGUCAUGAGUGCAUUACUCACUCAGUCACCAGACUGGUUAUGUUGUUCCAUGUCUUUAUAUAUAGAUGAGAUCAGGAGACAUCUUCCGACUGUAUCUGGUUCAUCUACUGUCACAGUCUAAUAAUCUUUCUCUUUGAGUGCACUGAUGCAUGUCUUUACAGUCUACGCAGCAGCUUUCUUUAUGACAGGGGGGGUAACCUGAUUCCCAAGGCAACUGUUGCCAACGCAAAACACUCAGUGAAUGCACAGGCAUGUCACAGUUAAUCUCUAACUAGUGCUGCUGCACUAAUUUGCUAUAUUUCAAUUUGUGUUAUGAUUUACCAGAAAUCAUAAUGUGCUGGUUUAAGAAAACUAUUUAAUUGUUCAGGUUUUUUAACACGUUAAGAAUUUUCAUUCUACAAAAAGUUCUCAGGUAGAGGAACAGAAGAAACAGCUUGAACUACAAAAUGAGACUACCAGCUAUCUCCAUAGCUUCCACCCCAGUGUGUAUUCCUCAAGACACACUUCCUGUCCGGCAGAGUCGCUGUCUGGUGGUCACCCAAACUACAUUUCCCAGCAUCUCAAAUUCUGCCCGGCUCUGGGCAAGCAGUCAGAGUAUCCCAAGACUGAACCCUUUACAUCCACCUUUGGUUCAUAAACGCAUCAUCAGCCUGGAGACACCAGCUGUUCACCACCACAACCACCAGAGGACACUGAUAAUGCAGAGGAGAGAGCACCAGAGGUAUCAUCAAGUGUGGAGAAAACCUUUUUAUGGAUCCAGCAGUGAGAGAGACGAUUACAGGAAAGAGUUGUUAGAGCAUUUAAAGAGGCAGAUGGAGGAGAAAUGCAUAUCACUGAAGCUACAUGUGGCCAGUAAAGUGAAGGAAGCCGAGAAUCUACGGGAAGUGGACCGCCUCGCACUGUCCGGUGAAAGAGAGCUAAGGAUCCAGCACAGCAAAGCAAUGACAGCCUACAGAGAUGAGAACAAGAGGCUAAUGGAGCAGAGCUGGAGGGACAGAGCACUAACACGCUCCCAGGAGACCCUAAAGGAGAGAGAGAUGCUCUGCCUCAACCCCAUUAACUGGAAUGGAACACUGAAAUAGGUCAAACUUCAACAUCCAGAGUCAAAACUUCAGGCUGGCCUCGCAGCAGUGUUUGGGCAUGCAUGAGAUUCAGAUGAAACUGGGAUGCAACAUAUAUUGUACAUGUAAUUAGAGCUGUGGUAUAGCUAUAAAAGGGCCUUAGGGUUUUUCUAAACAAAGGAGAAC